UAAUGCGACGCGCUGUGAACAAUCUCGCACUUUCGCUAUCCGAAAUACCAAUAAAAACCUUCAUCAAAGAGACAAACGCUGAGCCUAGCCUUGAGGAAAAAAAACAUAAAUGUAGCUUAAGUUUCGAGGGGGAUCAAGCUAAACGGUUUUACGAGGAGGUGAUAGUCCUUGAAAGUCAACAGGAAUCGUUGCCACGGAAUAAUAAUGCAGAAAAUAAAAAAGUUAAAAAUGUAAAACAACGUUCACCUAAUCGUGUGGAUAAAAUUGGUGUACAUCAAUUAUUUAAAGCUGUAGAAUUGGGAGAUAAAGAGUUUGUUUUUAAAUAUUUCAAUCGAGAAAAUGUCAAUAUAACUGAUCAAUUUGGCUGGACCCCUUUAAUGUCUGCAGCUUAUUCAGGUCUUGCAGGAAUUGUCAGUUUUUUAUUGGAUCUUGGUGCUUCUGUUAAGGCACGAGAUAAGUCCGGAUAUACAGCGAUUGAUUUGGCGGGUAAAAAAAAUAAUACCGAAAUCAUUAGUUUGAUAAAACAAAAAUCACGCAAGUACAAGAGAAACGUAACGAAAGACAGUUUAGUUCACAAUGGUGACAAGGAAAGUAAAAAAGAAAUAAAAAAUACUAAAUUCUAUUGCGAUGUAUGUAAAAUGGAGUGUACUGACUCAUCUUUACUCAACCAUGAGUCUUCUAUAGUACACUUAUUUAAUACUAAUCCAAAAAUACGGGAUACUUACUAUGGGAUACCAAAAUGCAAUAGAGGAUAUCAAAUGCUUUUAAACAGAGGUUGGGAUGAGGAAGGUGGCUUAGGACCUUCCGGGGAAGGUCAACAGUACCCUGUAAAAACUGUUUUGAAAAGAGAUCGCAAGGGAUUAGGACAGUCAGAGAAAAAAGACCAGGAAAUUUUGGACUAUUUUCAAAAAAUUGAGGCAAAAGGGCUAGAAAUUUUGACUGACAGACAAGAAGUCGUUGCCCUUGACAAAAGAAGAAAUGAUGACAGAAUGGGUAUGAGAGCUUUACAAAAACAAAAUCAUGACAAAACAUGGAUGACAGUUGGUCCAAUACUAUUAAAAAUGCCAGCAAAAAAGGCAGAAGAACUGCUCAAAGAAGACCAAAAACAGUGUGAUAUAGAAAUAAAUAAGAUAAGGAGCGAUUUAAAAGUAAAAGUAAAUGAACUGCGAGAUAUAGAGCACAAUCCACCAGUCCCUGGACUUAUGCUCAAACCCAUGUCAAAAACAGAAAUGGCAGCAAUGAAUCAAGUGAUGGGAAAAAGUCCAUAA